AAGGCAAAGGCACAGAGAGGCAGAGGGAGAGACAGGGGUGGGGUGCUUGGAUGUACACGAACAUGCCGAGAGGAGAGCGCGUGGACGAGCGAUGACAGCCAUGCUGAGCCCAAAGAUCAGACAGACCAGGAGAGCCAGGUCCAAGAGCAUGGUGAUGGGCGAGGUGUCCCGGGGCCCGUGCCGGCCGGCCUCCCCCAGCCUCCAGGAAGGAGCACUGAAAGCUGGCUGGCUGAAGAAGCAGCGCAGCAUCAUGAAGAACUGGCAGCUACGCUGGUUUGUGCUGCGCUCGGAUCAGCUCUUCUUCUACAAAGACGAGGAUGAAACCAAACCACAGGGCUGUAUACCUCUGCAGGGAUGCCAGGUCAACGAACUCACAGCUAAUCUGGACGAACCAGGAAGACACCUUUUUGAGAUUGUACCAGGUGGAACAGGAGAGAAGGACCGGGCACCGAUCAGCCAUGAGUCCUUCCUGCUGAUGGCAAAUUCCCAGACGGACAUGGAUGACUGGGUCAAGGCCAUACGGCGGGUCAUCUGGGCGCCUUUCGGAGGAGGGAUAUUCGGUCAGCGUUUGGAGGACACCGUGCAGUAUGAGAAGAAGUUUGGCCCCCGGCUGGCCCCCUUGCUGGUGGAGCAGUGCGUGGACUUCAUCAGGGAGAGGGGUUUGGAUGAGGAGGGCCUCUUUCGGAUGCCGGGACAGGCCAACCUGGUGAAAGAGCUGCAGGAGGCCUUCGACUGCGGCGACAAGCCUCUGUUCGACAGUAAUACAGACGUCCACACGGUGGCAUCCUUGCUGAAGUUGUACCUGCGAGAGCUGCCUGAACCAGUCAUUCCCUUCUCCAAAUAUGAAGACUUCCUGAGCUGUGCACAGCUUUUGGCCAAAGAUGAGGAGGAGGGGGUCCAGGAGCUGGAGAAGCAGGUCAACACUCUACCUCUCCCCAACUACAAUCUCCUCACGUACAUAUGCAAAUUCCUCGAUGAGGUCCAGUCCCACUGCAUUGAGAACAAAAUGAGCGUCCAGAACCUCGCCACAGUAUUUGGACCAAAUAUCCUCCGACCCAAGAUGGAGGACCCGGUCACCAUCAUGGAAGGCACCUCCCUGGUCCAGCACCUGAUGACAAUCCUUAUUAGGGAACACAACCGUUUGUACUCAGGGAGGGACCAGGAGGGAUCCGCCGUUCCCCAAUCAGAGCUCCCUGUCCAGGGGCAUCAGCUCCAGCAUCGCAGCCUGGGAGCCUGGAUCUCGGAGGAAGACCUCCAGAGCUGCCCGGUGUCCAACCCCGACCAAGAGCUGCACAGCAGUGCCUCAUCUCUGGAUGCCAAACUGUGUGCAGCCCUCACUCCCACCCAGACCCCGAACCUGAACCCUGGACCAAAGCUGGGGUCUCCAUCGGGGAAAGGAGAGACUGUGGUCAGCCCGAGCAAACAAGCCAAGACCAUACCCUCCUGGAAAUACUCUUUCAAAAGCUCCUCGGGCAAGCCAAGCAGCAGCAGCAGCGGCGGCGGCGGCGGCAGCUCUGUGGCAGAUGUUGCUAGUGUAUCUUCUGGUGGGGGAGGAGGUGGAGGUAACUGGCUCAUGAACGGCCUGUCCUCUUUGAGGGGACACCGCCGCACGUCGUCAGGCGAGCGGUCCGCCCGUGACCGCGACUCCACGGGCUCCUCACAGAGACUGUCCACCUACGACAACGUCACCUCCUCCUCGAGCAUGGGGAGCGUCCCAAGCGUCGCCAGCACACCGUGGUCCACUUCCUCCUGCGAGAUCUCCGUCCCCGACUCGGGGAGCGAGCCCUCGGCCAACCAGAACUGCGGAGCAGGGGGCGAAAGCGGGGGGAAAGGGGAGUGGAUGGAGAGCCAGAGGGAGGUUGACAGGGGACGGGACGGAGGGGCCACGACAGACCCGAGCUCUGAGCAGGACAGCUGCGAGGCCAUGGAGCUGUGCAGCAGCAGCGCGGCCUGCAGCGAGAAUGGAAACGCGGCGGUGGCAGCGGCGGCCGGGGUGCCGUCCAUUGUCACGUCGGAGGACGGAGACGGGACAGUAACACUGAGCAGCCUGGUGGAGGGACUGAAGGACGAGUUGAGGAAGCAGAAGACUACAUACGAGACCAGGAUCCAAAAGCUGGAGGAGUCCAGCGCUGCUCUGUGUGCGCAGAUGGAGCACUUGGAACAAGAGAUGGAGCAGGAAAGGAAGAAGCAACGCAUGCUGGAGAUCAAACUACGGAACUCGGAGCGGGCGCGGGAGGAUGCGGAAAACCGCAACCGGCUCCUGGAGAAGGAGAUGGAGGAUUUCUUCUCCACACUGGGAGAUCUGGCCCUGGGCGCGAGGACUAGUGAUAUUUGAUGCGCCAUCCGUUUGUGGCUAAAACUGUCAGGGUUUGUAUUUUAGGGAGGAGGGGGGUGGUGUCUUUCAAGGGCUCACUUCCUCCUCGUUGUAUCAGGGCGUUCCUCUCAAAGAAAAAUUAAAAACAAGAAAACAAAAGGAACCCCGCCAAAUUUGUGUACAUUCAGGACAAACUCAAAGGGAACUCGUAGAUGACGAAGAUGAGGGCUCAAAUAUCAAAUUGCAAUGAACUGCGUGGUCCUUGUCAGAAUCAUCUUCAUUGAGCACCCGGGUGGUUUUUUUUGAGUUUCUCACGCAUGCUUGAAAUGGACCGUGAAGAGAAGACGACGGCUCUUGUGGUUACGCUCCUUGGUGUGUCCAGGGUUUGUCUUGUGAAGGCUUCAGGUUCCUGUAUGCGACCGGUAAAUUCGGAAAAUUCUCUAGACCGGAGAGCACUGACUUCUGCACAAGGACACUACAUGAGUGUAUGUCCCACUGUAUGACUCACGAGAGAAGGUGUUAAUGCAGACAGCGGACUGAAAUUGACCUUUUGAGGACCAGUGCUACAUUUUGGGAAAUAGACAUGAUUUCUUGACGAGAGUUAGGUGAAAAGUUUGAUACCACUCUCAUGUCUGUAGGAUCUGUAUGAAGCUACAGCCAGCAGCCAAGUAGCCUAGCAAAAUAAAAAUAAAAUUCUGCUGACUAAUAUUUGUAAAGCUAACUAAUUAACAUGUUGUAUCUUGUCUGUUUAAGUACAUAGCUUUAUAUUUAGCAGAUUUUUUGUUUUACUUUUGGAUUUAUUUAUUUUAAUUUGGUAGUGACUGUUGAAAACCAGUGUAGUACAGAUAUUUGUCGGGACGCGGGACACCCUGCUUGAAACCGGGACAUCUGGUCACCUAUCCAUAUGUAUCCUACAGACAUCAGAGCACUAUCAAACGUCUCAUCCAAGCUAAGAGAGCAAAUGAGUGUAUUUCCCAAAAUGUCAUGCUAUUCCUGUAACCGGAAGGUCAGUUCAGCCAAAUUCAGAAAAACAACAUUUUCUCACUAGCCUGUAGGGGCUGCUAGCUCAUGCAAAUUGCUUUGUUUGUUGGCCAGGUGUUGAAGUUGCAAAGGAGUUUUGUGAAGUACCCAGACCAACAGGUUUACUUUUUCUGGAAGGACAAUGUUGCUGAAAUGGAAUGAACUGUAGUUUGUAACACUGCGAGCACCAGUAACGGCAUUUAAAUCCCCUGCAUUUGUUGUUUUUAGGUUUUUCUCAGCUAUCUCAAAACCCGUGUAUAUAAAACCCCUUUCUUUGUAAUCUGAGUGAACUGACCGGUACACUGUACAGUGGUAGCUUAGGCAGAAGUUCCUCCACUUGCAUAUAUCCCUCCUGUAUGCGUGCUGCAGAAGUUUUCUUUUUUCCUGGAUGUUUUACUGUAGAAUCAAAUGUGUAUAUCGUAACACAAAAGCAGGUUUAGAAAAGCUAGAGUUUCCAAACCAUUCCUUUGAUAGGCGGAACCUCUGCGACAGCUGCCUCUGUACCUCCUGUCUCCUCAGGCCCUUCCAGUGCCUCUACACCUCGUCACCAUCUGCAUGGUCUCCACGUCCAUUCGAUGGCAAAGCCUCGGUCUUCGGUUCGGUCCGAUCCACACAGAUGUCAAUGUACCUUUUUAUUAAUGUACAGAUACUACAACAGGGACAACGAUUAUUCAAGCAUUUGUGCAUGUUGCCUGGGACACAGGACACGUGGCUCAGUAGGUGAAGGCCAUUUACAGUACACAGUAAAUACCAAAGCUGGACCGCCUCAGCUGUUCGCUCACUAACGAUCGGAAUGGCCCGGCCCCGACGCCAUGUUGAUUUUGGCACAUGAAGCUGAGCACUGCCCUCAAAGAAACAAUGGAGUUUCCUGGUUGUGCCUUCAGGGAAGUGUUUUCAAAAAAAAGGAAAAAUGUAUGUGUUGCUUGCUUGUCCAGAGAUGUAGUGAAUAUAAUCACCCAUAGUGCACACAGUAGCUGCAUUGUCCCCCCCCCCCCC